GUUCAUUUGUUGUGUACUACAUUACAAUAAUAUGAAAACACUAUGAAAACUUAAAUUCAGCACUAUUAGUAAUGAUGAUAAAAAACAACUUCCAACUUCUGUAACAAAAAAUAUUAAUUAAUGUUGAUUAUCAGAUAAUGCUUAUCACAUCAAUGUAAUUUGCUAAAUUUAAAAGUGUUAGGCAUACAUAUGAUAGAUAUCAUAACACGUAGCUUAUCGUAACAUACGUAAACACGUGACUAAAUCUGAUCUUAAUGUAAAAAUUGUACAGUGUAGAUACAAGAAGAAAAUUAACGGUUUUUGGAACAAUUAUACUUAAGCUUUUGUUCACGUUAAUAUUUAUCUCAUUGAUUCGUUAUGGACUUUGGAAUAAGUAUAUUUCAUAAAGCCAAUUGUAGAAAUUAUUGCCUCAGACUCGCAAACACAUCUAAACGGCUAAGACGUGCGUGAAAUAAUAAAAGUUGGUUUUCUCGAUGUUACAAACGCAUUACUAUUACACAUAAUUAUAGUUAUAUUUAAAAUGUUUAAAACUGAAAAAUAAUUUUAUAUUUUUACUCGUGAAUAGAUAUUCUUGAUAUUAAAAAUAUUUGAUAACAAUUUUAAAAGAGAAUCAUGCAAGAAGUGAAGGUAUUAGAUGGUGGAUUUUCUACACAAUUAGCAACUCAUGUUGGUGAUAUAAUAGAUGGUGAUCCUUUAUGGACUGCACGAUUUCUUGUUACGAAUCCUAAUGCAGUUAUUUCUACGCAUUUGGAUUUUUUAAAAGCUGGAGCAGAUAUAAUUCAGACAAACACUUAUCAAACAUCUGUUGAUGGUUUUUCAAAGUAUAUGAACCUUCCAGAAGAGGAAGGUCUUAAUUUGUUUUCUAAAGCUGUAGAUUAUGCUAAAGAAGCUAUAAAUUUAUAUAAAGAAGAGAUAAAAAAUAAAAGAAAUGUUAUAAAUGCAAAUCCACUAAUUGCUGGAUCAGUUGGGCCUUAUGGAGCCUGUUUGCAUGAUGCUUCAGAAUAUACUGGAAAAUAUUGCUCAACUGUAUCAGAAGAAAUUCUUAUGAAUUGGCACAGACCACGUAUUCAAAAAUUGAUAGAAAGUGGCGUUGAUAUGUUAGCUAUAGAAACAAUUCCAUGCAAGCAAGAAGCAAAAGCACUGGUUAAAUUAUUGACAGAGUUUCCAAAUAGUAAAGCUUGGUUGUCUUUCUCGUGUAGCUACGAUGGAAAGAGCAUAGCAGAUGGCUCUCAUUUUCAAGACAUAGCACUAUGGUGUUACAAAGAAGCCUUGCCAGGACAAAUUUUAGCAAUUGGAGUUAAUUGUAUCGCACCACAAAAUGUAACUUCUUUAUUAAAGGGAAUAAAUGAAAAUUGUAAACAAGACUUUAUACCACUGGUAGUAUAUCCUAAUAGUGGUGAAAAGUAUACAGUAGAACAGGGUUGGGUGAAAAAAGAAGAAGGAUAUUCUUUACAAGAAUUUAUACACGAAUGGCUCGAUUUAGGUGUUCGAUACAUAGGUGGAUGUUGUAGAACAAAUGCUGUAGAUGUGAAAAAAAUACGAGCAGAGGUAGAAAAAUGGAAAAGUAAUUAAAUGUUGAAAUUCUAUUAUAUAUAUUGCACAUUUACACUACAGAAUAAAAAUAAAUCCUUAAGAAUAUGAGCAGAAGAUUUAUUAAAAUAUUUUUAUACAUAUUUAUAAUUAAUAUAAAAUAUUUCUCCUAUAAUCAUUUAUGGAUUAAAUUUAUAUUUGAUAUAUUUUAAGAAACUUUCAUUUUUAAAUGUAAAAAUAUAUAUGUACAUAAAUUGAGAAAAUAGUUUUUUGCACAAUUUCUCCUUUAAAAAAAUAUAUGUAUAAUGUUCAAUUCUCGGAUAAUUCAGGGAUCGAUUCUUGAGUCUGAAAAUCGAGAAUCGGUUUUUCAUAUCCUAAACUACAACUCUUCCUCUGUCAAUCUUCAAUACUCUAAAUAAUAAAUUCUCUCUUAUGAUCUUGUCUAUUUCUAACACUCGAAAUCUUUCUUCUCUAACCGUCUGUCUGUGAAAUGACUGGCAAAUCAGUUGUCCAUAACAAUAAAUAAGAUCACACCGUCCGUUAAACAGAGAAAGUCCCUUUGUUUAUCCGCAUUUGAAUUUUUAGGGAGUUUACAUAUGUAUAAAUAAAUUAUAUAAUAUAUAUAUGUAUAUAUAUAUUUAAUGA